GAUACACGUCCACUAGCGGAAGCAUACACCGAUGUCGUUGCUGAGUAUCUCAAGGAAACGUGCAUUGGGAAUAGCGGGGACAAGAAUUGGGCAACCAUGUCAGCAAUGUGCGAGAGUGCGCGUGCGACUCUUUUUUUUUUCCGCUUGUUUAUAAAGGCCCGUAGAACUACUGCUACAUGGGGGCCUUGCGCGUGCGACUCAGCGCGAGCGCGCCGAAGACACCGACUUGAGUGUCAAGCGAGCCAAGCAUCACGAAUCAGCGAUGCGCAUAUGAUAUGUUUGCGUAGUCGCAGUCGGAGAGGUUGACCAAGGAGUCUUGAUCGGCCAUGAUAUCCUCCAGCUCUGCGUACGCGACGAAGCUCGCCGCGUGCAGCUCUGCUGCCGUCAAGAUUUCGCUACGUGGCACAGCUGGGACGGCGGCCGGGGAAAGAAGUAGCGCAGCACCCGGAGUCGAGCGCGAGUGCGUGCAUUCUGGAGUCUCUGCCGAUCUACGUUAGCGGGCCAUUGAUUGUUGCAGUGGACAAAAUGAAAAUUGGGCACAUAUGGUCUUAAUAAUCAGCAGAUCA